GCGGCGAUUGGGUGAGCGCGGAGCUAAACUGUAUGUACAGUAAAAAGACAAGACACCGACAAUAAUAACAACAGCUGCGGCCGCAUGAGGCUAACUAAAGACACACUCGCACUUUUCGGGCUCACACGAUAAAGAUUUCGGAUGUCACAAUGGCUGCAAACUUCACCAUUUCAGACAGUGAGUCAGAGCCAUCGGAGGAGGUAGACGAAGGAGAAAUGAGCCAAUCACUAACUGGGCAAGAGCAGGAGCUUUCUCAACGCCACACCCUCACCUUGCCUGAACUCCGAGGGGCAGCGACCGGUCGAACGAGGCUGAACUCAGAGUCCCACACUUCCACUGUCUCCAGAGACGAAGAGUUCCAGGCCAGGGGGGAGGAGGAAGCCGGCACGCCCACCGAAGGAGCUCCAUUCAGGGGACGGUCCAAGUCAGCUCCCCCUGCACUGUGGGCGGCCAAGAAAUACGGCCAGAAGCUCAGAAGGAUGAGCGACGAAUUUGACAGCCUGCUAGACAAAGGGGAGAUGAGGAAGGUGAAGAGCGCUGGGACAGCCAAACAGAUGCACCACUCUAAAAGCUGGUGGAGCUACCUCUUUAGUCACCAGGAGACAGAAGGAGAAAACAACCACCAUGAAAACCACACUCACCGCACUGAGUAGGCACUGAGAGCAGAAAUAAGGGUGACGGAGGGAUCGAUGGGAGCGAGAAGAAAGAAAUGGGGAAGCCGAGAGAACAACUGUGAUGAGAACAAUGAGACCUGCUCUGAGCGGGAAGGUUGGUUUGAUCAAACAGAGAAAGAACCAAACAUAAAGGCAUGGCUAACACUGAGGUCCAAGCCUCUAGCCUUGUCAUUUUUACACAUCAUCGGUAACUACGUUUAUAUACAUUUUUUGUAUUUUUUUUGGUUGUUAUGGAAACACUGUAGGGCACUGUGAAAUGGUGAGAGUUUUGGCCAUCUGUGUCCCAUAAAAUAGGAUACAAGGAUGGACCAAGAGAGGAGAGAUGAUCUCUUUAAAACACAAUGAAAGAAUAUAAUAAGGGGAUUUAAAAUGUGACCACUCAGUUAACAGAUGCUUAUCAUUUCAGUUGUCUCUCACAUCAACACUAUGCAAUAUACUGUAGAUGGAGAGAUAAAUGUACUGGAAACAAAACACCUGACUAUUUCGGCCACCUUGAAUGCUGUUACAACUUCCUUCCUUCCUCAUUUUCUUGAGGAAAUCACAGAUGUCAGUGUGUUGCUAAUGUUUGCUUUGCUCCAAAUGUUUGAGCUUAAAUUGCACAAACUCACGGAGUAUUGUGUGCCAAAAUAAUCUUCAGGCAACAGAGGAGAGAGAGUAUAAAAAAAGGAAGGAUUUUUUAAAGUAUUCAAUUUGGGGCAUUUAUCCAGCUUCCUGUUCUGCUACCUGCAGGCCAGUACCAUUGAAACCACUGUACUCGACUAUCAUUAACUGCUUUAUAUCUCAAAUUCAUCAAAAGAACAAUCUUGUACAAGGACAAUCUCUGACGAUGCAGAAAUAAUAUCUUUUGUACAACUUCAGGGUUAGAUUAUAUCUGAAGAAAAUGACAUAAACAUACAUAUUAAAAAAAAAAAAAG